AUAGACAAAGUAAACUAAAAACAAACUUUUCCUAUAUAUAGAGUUGCAAGCAUGAAACUCUAACUAACUACUUGACGAUUUAUCAAUAGAAACAUAGAGAAUAGAGAAGUAAUGUGGAGGCUAAAGAUAGCAGAAGGAGGAAAUAAUCCUUUUAUUUUCAGUACAAAUAAUUUUAUAGGAAGACAAACAUGGGAGUUUGAUCCUGAAGCUGGCUCGCCUGAAGAGCGAGCGGAGGUUGAAGAAGCUCGCCGGAAUUUCUGGAAUAACCGAUUUCAUGUCAAGCCAAGUUCUGAUCUUCUUUGGCAAUUUCAGUUUUUGAGGGAAAAAUCAUUCAAACAAACAAUUCCAAAAGUGAAGAUUGAGGAUGGAGAGGAGAUUACAGGUGAAGCUACUACCGCAGCUUUAAGAAGGACUGUCCAUUUGUUUUCAGCCCUACAAGCCAGUGAUGGCCAUUGGUGUGCAGAAAAUUCUGGUCCCAUGUUCUAUUUUCCUCCACUGGUCUUUUGUCUUUACAUUACGGGCCAUCUUCAUACGGUGUUCUCUUCAGAGCAUCGUAAAGAAAUUUUACGAUAUAUAUACUGCCAUCAGAAUGAUGAUGGCGGGUGGGGAUUGCAUAUAGAAGGUCAUAGCACUAUGUUUUGUACAGUUCUGAACUAUAUAUGUAUGCGCCUACUUGGAGAAGGACUUAAUGGUGGCGAAAAUAAUGCAUGUGAAAGAGGAAGAAUGUGGAUUCUUAAUCACGGUAGUGCAACUGCCAUAAGCUCUUGGGGAAAGACAUGGCUUUCGAUACUCGGUGUAUAUGAAUGGGACGGAAGCAAUCCUAUGCCGCCGGAGUUUUGGCUAUUUCCACGAAUUUCUCCAAUACAUCCAGCAAAAAUGCUUUGCUAUUGUCGACUCACAUACAUGCCAAUGUCAUACCUAUAUGGAAAGAGAUUUGUUGGUCCAAUCACACCCCUCAUUUUGCAAAUCAGACAAGAAAUCUAUAAUGAACCUUAUAAUAUGAUCCAUUGGAAGAGUGUCCGACAUUUAUGUGCAAAGGAGGAUAAUCAUUACCCUCAUACAUUGAUACAAAAAUUAAUGUGGGAUGCUCUUUAUAUAGUGACCGAGCCUUUUCUCACUCGAUGGCCUCUCAAUAAUUUGAGAGAAAAAGCUCUCAACAUAACUAUGAAUCACAUUCAUUAUGAAGAUGAAAAUAGUCGAUAUAUUACUAUUGGAUGCGUUGAAAAGCCCUUAAAUAUGCUCGCUUGUUGGGUGGAAGAUCCUAAUGGGGAUGCUUUUAAGAAGCAUCUAGCUCGGAUAGCAGAUUACAUAUGGGUUGGAGAAGAUGGAAUAAAAAUGCAGAGUUUUGGCAGCCAGGUAUGGGAUACAAGCUUUGUACUCCAAGCUUUGAUUGCCAGCAACCUUUCUGAUGAAAUAGGAUCUACACUUAAGGAAGGACACAACUUUUUAAAGAAUUCUCAGGUCACGGAGAAUCCUUCCGGCGACUUCAAAAGAAUGUUUCGACACAUUUCAAAAGGAUCAUGGACUUUUUCUGAUAAAGAUCAUGGGUGGCAGGUUUCUGAUUGUACAGCAGAAAGUUUGAAGUGUUGUCUGCUUCUCUCAAUGAUGCCCUCUGAAAUUAUUGGUGAGAAAAUGGAACCAGAGAAAAUGUAUGAUGCUGUCAAUAUCAUAUUUUCUCUUCAGAGUGAAAAUGGUGGAGUAUCAGCUUGGGAACCAGCAGGAGCAAAUUUAUGGCUAGAGUGGCUCAAUCCUGUGGAGUUUCUUGAAGAUCUAGUAAUUGAAUAUCAGCAUGUGGAAUGCACUUCUUCAUCAAUCCAGGCUUUAGUUUUAUUUAGGAGGUUACACUCUGGCUAUAGAAAGAAAGAAAUUGAAAAUUUCAUAAAAAAAGCUGUGCAAUUCCUUGAGGAUAUUCAAAAACCAGAUGGUUCAUGGUAUGGGAAUUGGGGAAUAUGCUUCAUAUAUGGUACCUGGUUUGGUCUCGGAGGGUUAUCUGCCGCUGGCAAGACCUAUGAAAAUUGUUCAGCCGUACGUAGAGGUGUUGAUUUUCUACUUAAAUCACAAAAAUCAGAUGGUGGAUGGGGAGAAAGUUAUCUUUCUUGCCCUAAUAAGGUAUAUAUUCCUUUGAAAGGUGAUCGAUCAAAUUUGGUACAAACUGCACUAGCUAUGAUGGGACUAAUUCUUGGUGGCCAGGGUAAGAGAGAUCCCACACCUUUACAUCGGGCUGCAAAGUUAUUGAUUAAUUCUCAAACUGAACUCGGUGAUUAUCUCCAACAGGAACUGAUGGGAGUAUUCAUGAGGAAUUGUAUGACACACUAUUCAAUUUAUAGAAAUAUUUUUCCUAUGUGGGCUUUAGCAGAGUACCGUCAUCAUGUUCAUUUACCUUCCAUAAAUCAAUGAAUUUGCAGACCAAGUUCAAAUAUAUAUUCAGAAAUUAGACCAAGCUGAAAAAAUUAUUUUGAAAUAUAAAUUAAAUAAUUAAAUAACAGAAUUUUAGCUA